AUGAAGCUUCAGUCGGUGGAGCUUCGGCAUCUGAAACAACAUUGUUCUGGCAUGACCACUUUUCUCAGAUCACCGUUUUCUUCUUCAUCUUCUUCGAGAAAAUCUUCACCCAAUUAUUACCUCAGAAAAAGAAGAAAAUGGCCACUUUCACCGUACAAAGCACAAUGGGAAGACACAUUCGAUCAACAAAAAGCCAUGCAAAUGCUCAAGCAAUCAGCAAAAACAACCUCAACCCAUCUCCUCUCAGCUCUCAUUAAAUCCUUCAAUACCUACAGCUGUGACCCAACUCCUAAAGCUUACCACUUUAUCCUCAAAACCCUAACCCAAAACCCCAAAAGCGAUGAUAAUCAAAUCACCCAAGUUCUAGAUUAUCUUGAAAAUGCUGAAAAAUUCGAAACACCGGAAUACAUUUUUGCUGAUUUGAUUUACUUUUAUGGCAAAUCCAAUAUGAUUCAGCGAGCCACGGAGCUUUUCUUUAGAUUACCCAGUUUUAGAUGUAGCCCUACUGCGGUUUCUCUUAAUUCUUUACUCUCAGUUCUUUGUAAAAAACAAGAGGGUUUUGAAAUUGUUCCACAAAUCUUAACGAAGAGUCAGUUGAUGAAUAUCCGGAUCGAAGAAUCGAGUUUCUGUAUAUUAAUCAGAGCUCUUUGUAGAACUGGAAAGGUUAACUAUGCAAUUGAGUUGUUGAAUGCUAUAAUAAGUGAGGGGUUUAGUCUUGAUGGAAAGUUUUGUUCUUUGAUACUAUCAGCUAUGUGCGAACAGAAAGAUUCAGUUGGUGUUCAGAUUAUGGGUUUCUUGGAAGAAAUGAGGAAAUUCGGUUAUUGUCCUAACAGAGUUGAUUGGUGCAAUGUGAUUAGGCAUUUGGCGAAAAAAGGGGCGGGUAUGGAUGCUUUGGAUGUUUUGAAUCAGAUGAAAUUGGAUGGAAUUAAACCUGAUAUUGUUUGCUAUACUAUGGUUCUAGAUGGGUUGUUCUUGGAAGGUCAAUCUGCGAAGGCAGAGCAGCUGUUCGAUGAAAUGCUUGUAUUGGGUUUGGUUCCUGAUAUAUAUACUUACAAUGUGUAUAUAAAUGGUUUGUGUAAGCAGAAUAAGAUGGAAGAUGGAAUAAAGAUGCUUGCUUGGAUGGAGGAGUUGGGGUGUAAAUCUGAUUUGAUAACUUAUAAUACGCUCUUGGCGGCACUGUGUCAAAGUGGGAAAUUGAGGAGGGCGAGGGAUGCUGUGAGGGAUAUGGGUUUGAAGGGAAUGCAAUUAAACUCACGAACAUAUGAAAUUAUNUCUGAUUUGAUAACUUAUAAUACGCUCUUGGCGGCACUGUGUCAAAGUGGGAAAUUGAGGAGGGCGAGGGAUGUUGUGAGGGAUAUGGGUUUGAAGGGAAUGCAAUUAAACUCACGAACAUAUGAAAUUAUGAUUCGUGGUGUGAUUAGUAAAGGUGAAAUUGAUGAAGCUUGUGGUUUGCUGGAGGAAAUGAUGGGUAAAGGUUCAAUUCCUCAGUCUUCGACAUUUGAUGAGAUAAUAUGUCGCUUGUGCCAGAGGGGAUUGGUUUCUAGAGCAUUUGAAUUGCUCAAAGUAAUGGUUGGUAAGAAUGGUGCUCCUGGUUUUAGGACAUGGGAAGCCCUUCUCCUUGGAUCUAAAUAUGGUCCAUUUGAGGACAUUGCUUUGAUGGAUUUGGUGAAGCACAUCGAAACUAACUCUUUUUCAGAACGCUAACUUUGGUUGUAAAGUCUGUCAAGAGUUGUAUCAUUGAUUAUCGGUGCAUAUUGCACUCUGGCCUUACAAGUAAACUCUCUGCAUUUUUUGGGGCUAUGGUCGCUAACAUAUGGGAAUGGGGCUGACAGUUAUAUCUCUUGCCAUUUGCUAGUGAAGAGCUGAGACACAAGUGUAGUCAUUAGAGGUAAUUCUUGACACUUGCUAGUGAACAGCUGAG